AAUCCAGGAGCCAGGAAUGUUGCAGGGGCUCAGGCCCUGCCUUCUGAGGCCCGGCCCCCUACCGCUUGCAGGCUCCGGUCUUGGUCGCGGCGGGGAGGAGCCUGGAGGCCCCGGGCUUGGGGGGUGGGACGCGCUGGCGGGUCAUGGCGGACCUCACUUUAUGUGCGUUCCUCACCAAGGUGCUGUGUGCUCACGGCGGCCGCAUGUUCCUGCAGGACCUGCGCGGCCACGUAGAGCUGUCGGAGGCGAAGCUGCGGGCUGUGCUGCGGCGCGCGGGCCCGGAGCGCUUCCUGCUGCAGGAGGUGGAGCUGCGCGACGGCCCGUGGGACGCAGAGGCCGAGGUGGCGGCGGGCGCGGGCUCGGGCUCGGGCGGCGGAGCCACAGCCUGCAGGGUGAUGGCGGUAUCCUCCGCGCGCCUCUGCGCCCGCUACCAGCGCGGGGAGUGCCAGGGCUGCGACCAGCUGCACUUGUGUCGCCGCCACAUGCUGGGCAAGUGCCCCCACCGCGACUGCUGGUCUACCUGCUCUCUGUCUCAUGAUAUCCACACACCUAUCAACGUCCAAGUCUUGAAAAGCCGGGGCCUUUUUGGCCUCAAUGAAGCGCAGCUUCGAAUCCUGCUUUUGCAGAACGACCCCUGUCUUUUCCCAGAGGUCUGUUUGCUGUACAACAAAGGUAGUGAUGUCCUUUAUGGCUACUGCAGCCUCAAGGAUAAAUGCAACAAGUUUCACGUAUGCAAAUCCUUUGUGCGGGGUGAAUGUCCAUUUCAGCCCUGCAAACGCUCCCACCAGCUCAUCCACGCUGCCACCCUGAAGUUGCUAGAGGACCAAGAACUCAGUGUUUCAAGUGUCGUGAACUUCCAGAUAAUCUCUGUCUACAGACAUAAGAAGUUGCACAAGAUGCUUGAAGAGAAAGACAACUCGGCUUCUACUGAGCCAUCACAAGGCCUUGGGAAACAAGGAGCCCCCGCAGCUGUGGAAGCCAGGCCUUUCCUCCCUGCCCGUGCUCAAUCACCCAGAAAACCCCAGUAAACCUUAACGAGCAUCGGAGGAAGCGAGAAGGAGCUUGUCCAUCUUGGAGAAUCAGAAGCAAGACUUCUGCUGAGCUGGAGUUUUUAGCCGGUCUUUCCUUCCCUCAGUAUCUUUGGCAACUUUAAUACCUACCUCACAACUGAUAGCCAGAACCCAGGGUGGAAACGAAAAUACACUUGCGGCUGAGGGUUGAAGUUGGACCUGGAGCCGACAAAGAGAGGGUAAAAUUCUGAGCAUGUAGUCCAGGAUGAAUCCUGAGGCUGUAGCCUCACUCUGCAGCCCCUGACUGCCUUCGAGCCUCUGGAUAGAGGGCAGAAUUCUGCUGCCUUCUGGGUCUAGCUGGUGUUUUAUACUGCCUACAUUAUAGACAUCACAAUCUGUGCACUCUGUAUUAUUUGUUAUGUGGGUUUAUGCAUAAUCCCUUUUUGCAUAAAAUUGUUAAGAUAGGUUUAAUCACCUCCCUUAUUCUGGAAUAUUUCAUACUCCUAACAAUGUUUGAAUAUCUCAUUUUGUAUCUGUGCAGUAUUGAGUUUAAAAGCCAAUUUGUACCUUUGCUUGGCUUCUAGGUGCUAAACAAUACUGUCUUCUGAUACACAUUUCUUUAACCAUCUGUGUAGAUAACCUCUGUCCCUGCUCUCUGUGUGUCUUGAUUGUGUGAAUUUCCUGUGUUGCAUUUUGUGGCUUGGGCCCUCUGUGUUGUCGUCAAUACUGUGUUCAUAAUAUUCAAGUUUCUGGGUCCGUCCUCAGUCAGCAUCCCGGCUAAGAAUCUUCAGGAUCUGCCCAGAGGUUUCUACCUCACCCCACCCCUCUCUCAUCUUCUAUGGAGCCUAUCAGAGCUCAGCUGCUCUAUGUUGAAGGCUGUGUAGUUCACUCCUUCCAGUUGUAUCUCCCCCUUGUGGAUGGGGACAGGCCAUCAAGAAUCUAUAUAUACCUUGCCCAUUUCGUGGUCUCUGCCUUCCUCCUCCCUCUACCAUCCUCCCUCCUCCCCUCCUCCAGCCUCUCUGUACCCACUCAUUCUGUUGUUUUCAGUGUGUGAUUUGCAGAUAUUUGUUGUGGCUACGUUCCCCAAUGUCACUGUGAAAAAGAUUUGCAUUUCUUUCCAUAACGUGACAUUUGAGAAAUAGGAACAAUUGAGUAAGUUUUCAUAAAGCCAAACUCACCUUAUUUGGAGAAACUUUUAUCAUGAUGCCAGUGGAUCAAAGGAGAGGAAGGAUGUAAAAGUGUCCUUUCCAAAUGUGAAACCACUUUCCUCUUAAUGGUCAGCAAGUUUGCUGACAUAGGGUUUUUCACUUUGGUUGUCAGUGACAGUAUUUCUGAAAUUGUGUUUUACAUCCUUUUCUUUCUUUAAAAAUUCUAGUUGUGACUUUUUUUCCUAGUGGUACUUGUGUGUGUGUGUGUGUGUGUGUGUGUGCUGGCAUCAAACCCAGGGCCUUGCCCAUAUAAAGCAAAGUCCUCCACCAGCAAGAUACAUCUAAGUCCUGGACUAAACUUUAAAAUAAAAUUUUAGGCCAGUCACAGUGCUGUAUGGCUUUAGUCCCAGCACUACAGAGGCAGAGGCAAGCAGAUCUCUGUGAGUUCAAGGGUGUCUGAUGUACAGAGUGAGUUCCAGGCUAGUCAGAGCUACACAGUGAGACCCUGCCUUCAAAGAAGUUGCAUUUAAUUAUUAUUACUAUUUACACUCUGUCAUUUUCCUGUAUGUAUUUUUGCUGUACACCAUCUUAAGUCCUUAAUGGGAUGGGGUAGCUCAGUGCGUUUCCUUUCCAUCCAUAGACUGGUAACUUUUGCAGUGUUACUUUCUCAUGUGUCUUACUGUCAUGCUCUUAUAUACUAUGUUAACUGGUCUGUGAUCAUUGUUGCAACAUUUUAUUCAAGUCCAUAAUAAUUCAUUUUAAGUUUUAGUUCUUUUGGAAUUUAGUCUACAAAAUUAUCUUUCUGUAUAUGAUACUGGGAAUGGGCCUACGGCUCCUGUGUGCUCUACCUCUGAGCUGUAUUCUCAGCACUAAAAUGAUGUUCUGUAA